AUGUCAUUCGAAAGAGUUACUCAUGACUCUCAUUUGGUCAACGAGAGAUACUCUUGGCCAACCUGGUCUGCAGAUGUGGAACGGCGCUCUGCUAGGCAGAUACUGGAUCUUUGCUACCCCCAGAGCUUUGCUAUCCUCACCUUUCCUGCCCUCAUCUUUCCUGCUCUCACCUUUCCUGCUCUCACCUUUCCUGCUCUCACCUUUCCUGCUCUCACCUUUCCUGCUCUCACCUUUCCUGCUCUCACCUUUCCUGCUCUCACCUUUCCUGCCCUCACCUUUCCUGCCCUCACCUGUCCUGCCCUCACCUGUCCUGCCCUCACCUGUCCUGCCCUCACCUGUCCUGCCCUCACCUGUCCUGCCCUCACCUGUCCUGCCCUCACCUGUCCUGCCCUUCUACCUCACCUUAGUCUUUUCUGCCUCAUACGCAGAGAACGAAAACCCCCGGGGAUCUGCCUCCGGGAGUCCUUCAACAAUUCCCUAUCCCUAGUCGACCAUGGCAACACAUCUGUGUUGAUUUUAGGUCAUUCCCAAAGUCCAAAACGUGAGUUUGCAUCUGCUAGCAUAGACGGUGAGCCCAGCUUUCAAGGGGUCCCUGAGAUGAUCGUGAAACGUACUGCUCCAUCAGCAGUGCCGGUGCGGUUUCAUAUGAGAGGGAGCGAUAUCGCACCUGUGUCGACAGUGUUCCGCAAGGAACAAUACAGCACGACUGGAAUGUUAGGGAACGCCGCCGAUCUAGCAUCGAUUAUUGAAGGGCGUAUGUCUCCUCAUCUUCGACACGGCAACCGAACCCUCCAAGAGAGUUCGAAUUUCACACGUCUCCAACCGAUAUUACAGCACUGGGUGAUACAGGGCCACUCCCCGCCCGUUCUGCAACGGGUUCUACCCGCCGUCUGCUUCCAUCGGUCUAGAGAAGAUGGGCUGAAGGAUUUACGUACCUGGUCCCCUAAGGCUCGAGCAUAA